UAAAUACAAUCAUUUCAGUACUUAAGAGAGAUUCUGUUGCUUUCUAAUCGCUGACUUAUUCGAUACGAGACAGCCACCAAGUUCCAAUGAUAUCGGCGAUAUACUAAUGUUAUGUUAGGUAUAUUAGGUAUAUUAAGUACUUUUUCUAGGUAUAUAAACACCCGUGACGAUGUGAUUAAGUAGGUAACGAAGUGAACCAACCGCCUAUGACUCUACGACGUAUACCUGUUACUUUUGCUAGACUUUGUCUUGUCGGAAACUAUCAUCAAUCUCUAAUCGGGAUUCAUUCUCGGCCGAUAUCCCUUUCACGACAUAACCUCGUGCACCGCAUCCAUCUCAUCGCUGCCAAUAUGUCGUCUACCAACACGUCUUCGCCGAGCGACCCCCUGGCAGCCCCUAGCAGCAGCUCCAAGGAUACCGCAACGAUCCCGAAAGAAAGGCAGGAUGAGGAGACGAAGCAGGAAAAGGACGAGAAGAAACUUGCGCCCCUCAAGGGAGCUGAGUUCCGCGCCUACAAUCGUUUAGCCGAGCGCAUGGAUCUAUUCCACGCCCAUUUCCGUACGGCGUGGAAUACGCUAUGGGCGGCGGCUUGCGCGGGGAACGGUAGUAAAAAUAAAUCGUCGUCGCGAGGUGGACGGUCUAUCAUUAGCGACGGAUUGGCGUUCGUGGCUCAGCUCGAAGUGCACCACAACAUCGAGGAGACGUAUAUAUUCCCUAUACUAGCUCGGCGGAUGCCCGAAUUCCAAAACGACGGGAAGGGUGGCAAUAACGCAGCGGAGCUGUUGCGACAACACCGCGAGAUUCACGACGGAAUGGAGGGUAUGCGCAAGUACCUUAGGAGUUGUCGCGACGGCGAGCAGGAUCUAGACAUGGGAACGCUAAAGGCACAAAUGGAGAACUGGGGAGCCAUACUCUGGACCCAUCUCGAUCAAGAGGUUACGACGCUGGGUGCUGAGAACAUGAGGAAGUAUUGGACCGCCGAGGAAAUCAGGCGGAUACCUAUGUAGAUAAAUAUAUCUGGAUAGUACUGGUAGAGGUAGAUAUAUGAUGCUAAAGUUAGACUGAGACAGGAAGAAAUCAUUGCUACAAUCUUGACAA